AGCAAGCUCUAAAUGAAGGACGGCGAAGUGGAACGCCCAUCUCAUUUAUCCAAGCCCGAUAGGAGCUCCUGAAUGAAAUUGGUCCUAUAUUUAACGCGAUGGCACGCUCGAAUGCCGCCAAGCACUUAUGAAUAUUUCAAUGAUUGCAUUGGCCAGAGCAGGUUAUGAGGCAGAACACUUCAUGUCUGCUUCUCAUUUGCAAUCAUUCGGGUUCAUAUGGCAACGAAAACAAAAAUCACUGAAUGAAGUUCUGCGAACACGCUGAGGUGGACAGGAUUAACAGAGAACAGGCGCCGCCUAGCGUCCGCACGGCAGAUUUGUACUGCGUGGAAAAGAGAAAAGGACGCUUCACCUGCUGAAGGAUAGAUACUUCGUUGAAACGAACGUUUAAAUGGCACGGAGAGCCGCCAGGUGCUUCUGUUAAUGGAAAGAAAACUGGCUGUGUCCGUCUUUACUAGUUACUCCUGAAAUGAACAGAUUAAAUUAAUAUGGAGAUACGGAGAAACGAAAGGCACCGAAUUUUAAUACAAUGGUAAUCAUUUUCGCUUGGAUAUCGGAAUCGUUUAUUCCAGCAUGACAGUUUUCGGGAAAGAACGAGAGCUUUUUUGACAUUUAGACUCCAUCUGAUGUUGGGCUCUUCUCGGAUUACUUGUCUGAUCCUCUUUAGAAUACGAAGAGCACUUGCAACUCCUGAACCCCGGCCAGGAGCGCCAGCGCAGUAAUCGGCGUCUAAGGAAAACGGCAACCUACCGACUCCUGCCUUGAGACAAGCACGGUAACGUCAAAGCAACUGCAGCCAACGGAAAAAGCUGGCGCACCGGAGCCUGUCCAUCCUGGGACGAGCGCAGCCGGAGUUCGUGGGUGGGGCGCAGAUGGCAGAAGUGAUUUUAGGCGUCGGCGCCUUCACUCACGAGAAAGAAAUCUUCAGCGUUUUGUCGUUCGGCCAUCACAGGUGCGUCCACCAUCGGACAGCAAUGUCUUACGAAGCAGCAGCAGCCUCGUCCAGAGUGGUGGGUUCAGCGACCUCAAGAUGAACCUUGGCAAUUUGUCUUCCACCCAGAGUCUCCUGGCCGGAAUCAGCUCCAAUAAAACAUGGCACCAGUUCACCGGCCUGCAGCUCCUGCAGUCCUUCAAGCCGCUCAUCAUCCCGUGCUACUCCUUCGUCGUGGUCAUUGGCGUCUUUGGGAACUACUUGCUCAUUUACGUCAUCUGCAAGACCAAGAAGAUGCACAACGUGACCAACUUCCUCAUCGGUAACCUGGCCUUCUCGGACAUGUUGAUGUGCGCCACCUGCGUGCCUCUCACGCUGGCCUACGCCUUUGAGCCCCGCGGCUGGGUCUUUGGGAUGUUCAUGUGCUACUUCGUGUUCCUCAUGCAGCCGGUGACCGUCUUCGUGUCGGUCUUCACCCUGACGGUGAUCGCGGUGGACCGGUUUUACGCCACGGUUUACCCCCUCAGACGGCGACUCACCAUCCCCACCUGCGCCUACAUCCUGACGGUCAUCUGGCUGCUCUCUUGUGCCUUGGCCGCUCCGGCCCUUGCCCACACCUAUCAUGUCGAAUUCCCGCAGCUCGAUUUUUCCAUUUGCGAGGAGUUCUGGGUGGGCAUGGAGAAGGAACGCCUGGCCUACGCUUACAGCACCCUGCUGCUGACCUACGUGCUCCCGCUGAGCGUCAUCUCCUUGUCGUGCCUGCGCAUUUCAGUGAAGCUCAAGAACAGGGUGGUGCCCGGGAACUUCACCCAGAGCCAGGCGGAGUGGGACCGGGCGAGGAGGCGCAAGACCUUUCGCCUGCUCGUGCUGGUCGUGGCGGCGUUCGCCGUCUGCUGGCUGCCGCUGCACAUCUUCAACAUGAUGAAGGACAUCGACAUCAACCUCAUCAACAAGCAGUACUUCAACCUCAUCCAGCUUCUGUGUCACUGGUUCGCCAUGAUGUCUGCCUGCACCAAUGCCAUUCUGUACGCGUGGCUACACGACAAUUUCAGAGGACAGUUGAAAAAGAUGUUCGCCUGGAAGAAGAAAAAGAUAACGCCGGCCGUGAACUGCGUGAUGACCAGCGUUGUGCUUUAAAUCGGACUGUUUUUUUCCUUUUAUUUUAUGACAUUCUUUCAUUUUAUGUUUCUAAAGAGUAUCGGAGUCCAAAACAGUACAGGCUAUGCACAGUUGGGCUCAUUAUCGGUGGGAAAAGACGGCUUGUGUCAUAAAGAAACAACAGCAGGAGCGAAAAGAAAAAGUCGCAGGAAU